GCAAACCUCUAGGAGAAGAUGACUGUGUUUUUUAAAACGCUUCGAAAUCACUGGAAGAAGACUACAGCUGGGCUCUGCCUGCUGACAUGGGGAGGCCAUUGGCUCUAUGGAAAACACUGUGAUAACCUGCUAAGGAGAGCAGCCUGUCAAGAAGCUCAGGUGUUUGGCAAUCAACUCAUUCCUCCCAAUGCGCAAGUGAAGAAGGCAACUGUCUUUCUCAAUCCUGCAGCUUGUAAAGGCAAAGCCAGGACUCUAUUUGAAAAAAAUGCUGCCCCGAUUUUGCAUUUAUCUGGCAUGGAUGUGACUAUCAUUAAGACAGAUUAUGAGGGACAAGCCAAGAAGCUCCUGGAAUUGAUGGAAAGCACAGAUGUGAUCAUUGUUGCUGGAGGGGAUGGAACCCUGCAAGAGGUAUGACUGGGCAGAAUGAGAGAGGAUGAGGCUACCUUCAGUAAGAUUCCCAUUGGAUUUAUCCCACUGGGACAGACCAGUAGUUUGAGUCAUACCCUCUUUGCCGAAAGUGGAAACAAAGUCCAACAUAUUACAGAUGCUACACUUGCCAUUGUGAAAGGAGAGACCAUUCCACUUGAUGUCUUGCAGAUCAAGGGUGAAAAGGAACAACCUGUGUUUGCAAUGACCGGCCUUCGAUGGGGAUCCUUCAGAGAUGCUGGCGUCAAAGUUAGCAAUUACUGGUAUCUUGGGCCUCUAAAAACCAAAGCAGCCCACUUUUUCAGCACUCUUAAGGAGUGGCCUCAGAUUCAUCAAGCCUCUAUCUCAUACACGGGACCUACAGAGAGAUCUCCCAGUGAACCAGAAGAGACCCCUCCCCGGCCUUCCUUGUAUAGGAGAAUAUUACGAAGGCUGGCGUCAUACUGGGCACAACCACAGGAUGCCCUCUCUCGAGAGGUGAGCCCAGAGGUCUGGAAAGAAGUGCAGCUGUCAACCAUUGAACUGUCCAUCACAACACGGAACGGUCAGCUUGACCUGACAAGCAAAGAAGACUUUAUGAACAUUUGCAUUGAACCCGAUGCUGUCAGCAAAGGAGACUUUAUAACUAUAGGAAGUAGAAAGGUGAGAGACCCCAAGCUGCAUGCCGAGGGCACCACGUGUCUCCAGGCCAGCCAGUGUGCCUUGCUUCUGCCUGAGGGAACAGGGGGCUCCUUCAGCAUUGACAGUGAGGAGUAUGAAGCGAUGCCUGUGGAGGUGAAGCUGCUCCCCAGGAAGCUGCAGUUCUUCUGUGACCCUAGGAAGAGGGAACAGGGGGUGCAGAGCGCGGCCCAGUGAGCGGGUGGGAGACGGGUGCUCCGAGGCCACACUUCAGGCUACCAGCGGGACCAAGAGGGAACAGGUGCUUCAGCUGUCCCAGCAGUGCUGUCCGAGGAUCCCAAGGGCAUUUUCGUGGCAAGUACCCCUCUGCCUUCCUCCAGCAGUGCUUCCCACGGUGUACUCUGCCACUGCUUGACAGUCAGCUUCCGCUAGCGCAUGCUUUUAUUUUGGUGUUAACAGUCGGCCCUCCUAAAUAGCGAUUUUCCUCAGGCUGGUUCAGGUAGUUCUCACAUUCAUUGGAUGGAGAAGGGCUUUCUUUUGUUUUCUCCCCAAGUGCAACCACAGCAGGUUCCUGCCAGGGGCAGAGCCGCUCUUUCCCCAGCUACCUUUCCCCAGGCUCCUCCACGGGUGCUGCUGCUUUGUGAGCUCUGGUUCUUUUUAGUUCUGUCCUCAAACCAGAAACGUGAGGUGGUUUCCCUCUUCAGCCAUGGCUAAGAUACCAUAAAAUGCUAGUUCGCAUGAGAACCACAUGGGGUGCAUGUUGAAAACUGAUUUACUUGGGGCCUACCCCAAAACUGGCCACUCUUCCUAGGAGAUUCUAUAAGUGGUCCCUCAACCAUACUUGGAGAAAGUGUUUUACAGCAGUCAUCCAUAAACUAUUCUGCUCAUGUACCCCCAAAGUAUU